ACAGGAAUUUCGAGUCAUUAGUUUAUUUAUCGGCACACUCACCGCGGAGCAUUACAAAAAGUCUUUUUUUUUUUUUUUUUUGCUAAGUUUAAGCAUAUCUGAACCUAAAUGUUUUAGACGUUGGAUGGUACAAUAUGAACGUUAGAAGAGGUAUUGUGAAAAAUAUCAAUCGGAUUUUCUUAGUGAGCUGCCUUCAGGAGACUAAGCUCUGUCCUUCAUAGCAUUCACCAUGUAUCGUUACCGUAAGAAGAAGGCGGUGGCAAAUCCACCUGUAACCGAAUUCCCCACAGAGACGCCCCCGCCAGUAGCCAGUAUGACUGAAGCUUCAAUCAACUUAUCAACGACGGCGGCGGCUCUUCUGACUACAUCUCCUCUAUCGCAAAUCAUUCCUGUUACGAAUGAAAACCUUGAAGAAAAGAUCAUUCAGGACAUAGCAAAGACAACACAUAUUCCCAUGUGGGGUGUGAUUGUUCUUUUCAUUGUCAUUGCGGCAUUCUUCUUAUGCACCUGCUUCUGCUGCUUCAAACGGGCAUGCAGGAGGAAGAAGAAGGAUUCCAAGAAGGGUUUCAAGAGUGCCGUAGAUCUGAAAUCUGUACAAAUUCUUGGUGGCUCUUAUAAAGAGAAGGUACAACCUGACAUGGAAGAUCUGCGAGACAACAUGGAAUGCAAUGAUUUAGACCAGGAGAGCGCAAAAUCUGAGAUGAAACUUGGGAGACUUCAGUACAAGCUGGAUUACGACUUCAACACAAAUAAUUUAGCUGUUACCGUAAUCCAAGCUGAGGAUUUACCAGGUAUGGACAUGUCAGGCACAUCUGACCCUUACGUUAAAGUUUACCUUUUACCGGAUAAGAAGAAGAAAUAUGAAACGAAAGUUCACCGAAAAACCCUCAAUCCGAUCUUCAAUGAAACCUUUAACUUCAAGAUUCCGUAUUCGGAAAUAGCGUCAAAAACUUUGGUUUUCGCAGUUUUCGACUUCGACAGAUUUUCGAAGCACGAUCAAAUUGGAGAAGUUAAAAUUCCAUUGAACACUCUUGACCUGGCCCAAACUAUUGAAGAAUGGAAGGAGUUAACCAGCGUUGAAGGAGAACCAGGGCAGGAAAACAAACUGGGAGACAUUUGCUUUUCGCUCCGUUACGUACCAACUGCUGGGAAACUCACAGUCGUCAUUCUUGAGGCAAAGAAUCUGAAGAAAAUGGAUGUUGGGGGUCUUUCAGAUCCCUAUGUAAAAAUUGCACUGAUGCUAAAUGGAAAAAGGAUAAAGAAGAAGAAAACAAGCAUAAAGAAAUGUACUUUAAAUCCUUAUUACAAUGAGUCGUUCACUUUCGAGGUUCCUUUUGAGCAAAUACAGAAAGUUCAACUUGUCGUUACGGUUGUUGAUUACGAUCGGAUUGGUACUUCGGAGCCAAUUGGCAAAGUGGUAAUGGGAUGCAAUGCAUCAGGCACAGAGCUUCGCCAUUGGAUGGAUAUGUUGGCUUCUCCCAGACGACCAAUAGCACAGUGGCACUCUUUGAAAGAUCCUACAGACUCUAUGGACAAUUAAGAGACAUCAGAG